GCUUCGUGUGCAAACAGAAGACGAAAGGUGCCAUGCGAGCAGGUGCCUCGCCAUGCCAGCCAGGUGUUGUAGCAACACGUGCUUCAUGCAUUAGCGUGCCGACUACGCCUCAUUGGGCGACGCAUUGGGCUCCUUCCGUACUCGAGCUAUUCAGAGAGCCUUGGGACGACAAAUUGUAACGCCGACAAGGGAGAUUGGGAAACCAGACACGCAGUUCGACGUCACACCAUCUCGUCUGUUGAGAUGCGAGAAUUUGUGCUUUUUGGUGAUUCGCUCACCGAAUGGAGCUUCAGCGAAGAAACGCAAGGCUUCGGGCUUUUUCUUAGGCAACAGUAUCAAGACAAAGUACGGAUCGUCAACGAAGCAGGUUAUACAUCGACCCAUCUCAAGGAUGACUUCACUCGUAUAAUCCACCGCGCAACGUCCCCAGGCGCGGCACCAACCCUCCUGUUCACAAUCUUCAUCGGCGCAAACGACGCCGCCAUGGUUGGGGAGACGGAGUAUGUGCCUUGGCCCAUCUUUUCAGCAAACAUUCGAGGCUUCCUCGACACCAUCCUUAGUGAGGAUGCUAUGGAAAAUACGAAGAUUUUGCUGAUCACCCCUCCUCCCAUUAACGGAUCUGUGGUCGAGACUGGAGAGAACAAGUCUGCAAGGGAAAUUGAGGACAUCAACCAAUGGAGAAAGGAAGGCCCAAGGUACAAGACGUACAUGAGCAAAAGGAGGUAUGCAGAUGGUAUCAUGCAAAUUGCGAAAGAGUACGAAAAGACGGGGAGGGUCGUUGGGCUCAAUUUCUGGCAAGACCUUGUGCAUGCAGUCGUCACAGAAGAGGGAUGGCAGUACGAUGAGCAGGUACCACCAGGAUGCGGUCUGUUAGGCGCCCAGUCGUUCCCAACAGGGUGGUUUACAGAUGGGCUGCAUCUUGAUAUCAAGGGAUACAGAGUACUGAAUAACGCAUUGUUGGAGUUAGUGACUGCAAAGUGGCCAGAGCUAGCACCCGAGGCGCUGUAAACCUGUAUGCAAUCAUGCAUUCGUUCUA